AUGCACAUCUUCAUCAUUACCAUCAUCACUCACGAGUUACUGGUUUGUACACCUAAUUUCCACAACAAUUUUCCCUUUAAUUUUACUUCUUUUUCAAUAUUUUCCCUCCUCUUGCUUGCACCUUCCCAUACUCCAUGUCUUCUUUCUCUGCUCUUAUCUUCCUUCUGCAUUAACAUUUCUAUUUGUACAUAUGACAAACUGAGUGGUACACACUAAAUCUUCUUACGUUUCUCUCUCCGAGGUUUCUCUUCCUUAAUUUCAACCGAAGACCCAGAUUGCAGACAUCUAAUUGAAGAAGAAGAAGAAAAGUUGAAAGCCUUGAUGGGUCGAGGAGCAGUUUUCAUUCAAAAAUUAUACCUUCUAUUUUGUCUCUUCUUCUGUUCAGGUAUAGAAGCAACAGAACAUAAAAACCAAUCAGAAAUGGAGGCAAGGCAACAGCAAUCAAAAUUUUCUAUAUCCACUACUGAAAAAGAUAUCACCACACCUAUUACAACUGUUCCUACUACUCCCACCGCGUCAACUCCAAUUAUAAACCCCACUUCAACCCCGGAAACUACAUCGCCGGUAACUCUGACACCCGGAGUAACUCCGAUCACCCCCACCUCCCCCACCACAACUCCUGCAUCUUUAGGCGCUAGCUGGUGUGUUGCUGCCCAAAGUGCGUCAUAUAACGCCUUACAAGUUGCUUUGGACUAUGCCUGUGGCUAUGGUGGUGCUGAUUGCUCCGCUAUUCAGCACAGUGGAAGUUGUUACAAUCCCAACACACUUCGUGACCAUGCUUCUUAUGCAUUCAAUCAGUAUUAUCAGAAGAAUUCAAUUCCAAGUAGCUGUAAUUUUGGAGGAACUGCCGUUACUACUAGCACUGACCCUAGUACUGGAACAUGUCAGUAUCCAUCCACCAGCACAAUUUCGUCGGUUUUAAACACAACAAAUUCCAACGGUGCGACAGUUUAUGGUGCGGUUCCUAAUCCAGAGAGUCCCUCUACAUCUGGUGCAUCUACCAAACUUCAUUGUAGGCCACAAUUCUUCUCAGCACUUGCAUGGCUUUUUAUGUUGGUGGCCAACCUCUAUCAAUAGAAAUAGAUGCAAGAAUCCUCGUAAACUUCAAGCCACGCAAUUGCCUUAAAGGGUUCUUUUGUUUUCGUUUCCUGGAAACAAGAGGGAUACAUUGGAACAUGCUGAUUGACUGGAGACAUAAAGAUGAAGCCCAAUUUGGGGUAGUCCUAUAAUGAUUUGAUGUAAUAAGUGAGGAAAUUGGCUAAGCUGGUUGACCAAUAGCAUAAAUUUACACCCUCAAUUCAAGUGUUAUCGAAAUAUCACAUCACAGGGACAAGGUCAGAGAGCAAUGCGAUAAGUUUUGUACUGUUAGGAAUCAUUCUUUUUUCUUUUUUCUUUUUUCUUUUUUCUUUUUCUCCUUUAUGCUGUUGAACAUAAACAAGUUGUUACUGAGGACCAUUAUGAUUUUGGCUUCUGGACUGUUUUGUUUAUGAUGAGAGUAAGCAUUUUUCAUAAA